AUGACACCAUGGGAAGAGAUCGCAAAAAACAAACGAGCCGAUGUGCUCUCAAAAAUACCAGCCCAAUGGCGUCUGCCAGCAUCGUUCUGCUCCAUGCCAACCAGCACGGACUCGCCAGAUCUUGAUGUCACGACAGAUGAGUUUCUGAGUACGCUUCCGCUUGGGGCGCGACUCAGUACAGAGGAACUCGCUGCUACCGCCGAAACCAGUAUUACCGCAAUCCUGAACAAGUACAGAUCCCAGCAGCUCACAGCUGAGGAGUUAGUCACUGCCUUUUGCCAUCGAGCCGCUAUUAACCACCAGAUGACGGACUCCAUUGCGGAGAUCCGGUUCGAGGAAGCCAUCAAAGAAGCGAAAUCCCAGGAUGCAUACUUCAGAGCUAACAACAAACUCGUAGGGCCACUCCACGGCAUACCGGUUAGUCUCAAAGAUCAACUGAGAGUGGAGGGCUUAGAGACAGCAAUGGGAUAUGUUGGCUGGCUCGGCCGGAAAGAAACUACCGAGACCGAGAGCCUACUGGUCAAGCAGAUCAAGGCUCUGGGGGGAAUAAUCAUCGCAAAGACCCACGUCCCGCAGACAUUGAUGCUAGGUGAAGAGCUCUCAAACCUUCACGGCCCGGGGCUGAAUCCAUACAACCGUCUCCUAUCACCGGGAGGUAGUUCUGGGGGUGAGGGUUCCCUGCUCGCAUCCCGCGGAUCAGUUAUUGGAGUUGGUGCAGAUCAGGGUGGAUCACUUCGGGUGCCCGCCGCUUUCAACAACCUCUUUGGGCUGAAGCCAAGCCAUGGUAGGGUCUCGAGUAAGAGGGUUGCCGCCUCACUCGCAGGCAAGCCAGUAAUCCCGGCUGUUGUAGGGCCAAUGUCGACUAAAAUAGAGAAUCUUAUUCACUUCACAAGAGCUAUCAUCGAAACCGAGGCAUGGCAGUUGGAUCCUACUGUGAUCAACUUGCCCUGGCGUCCAUCAGUCAUUGAACAAGUCAGAGCUCAGGCAUCUGCAGGUGGACUAUGUUUCGCCGUUUUGUCGAACGAUGGACUAGUGAGGCCGCAUCCCCCUGUCGCACGCGGCGUACAGCUCACUGUGGACGCCGCACGCCGAGCUGGCCAUAAGGUCAUUGAGUGGAAGCCACCAAGCCAUCUACUAGGUGGUUGGAUUGGCGGAGAUAUACUAUACGCAGCUACUUACGACGUGCAUGAUGCUCUCAAGUUGAGUGGAGAGCCACUACUUCAAAGCCUCGAGCCCUUAUUUGGCAAGAAGAAGCCAAAUCCGACCAUGAGUCUUCAAGAGUACUAUGAGCUCAUGACCAGGUUCAGAGAGUACCAGGAUCAGUAUGCCGAGUAUUGGGAAUCGACAAAAUCACUGUCUGGCACUGGCCGCCCCGUCGAUGGAAUCAUUGCACCUGUAGCUCCUCAUGCUGCUGUCAGACAUAACUGCUUCUUCAGCUCAAGUUAUACGCUCAUUCACAAUUUGCUCGACCAUGCGGCCGUGACAGUCCCUGUCACCUUUGCCGAUAAAAGCAUGGAUAUCGCUCCCUCGUCCGUAAGCCGCAUGAACGAUAUUGAUGGUAAAAAUUGGAAUUCUUAUGAUGCAGAGAUAUAUCAUGGUGCUCCAGUUGGCAUUCAGGUUGUUGGCCGUAGGCUGGAAGAAGAGAAGGUAUUGGCACUCGGAGAGGUGCUCUCUGAAGCACUCAAGACCGCUGCUACUGACUCUGAGCAAUGAUGAUAGUGGCUAUAUAGGUUUGAAUUUGUUCAGAAACAUGGAUACACAAGAGAAUAUUUUAGUCUACCGG